AUGAUUCUGAAUCAACAAGCUUUAAGAGCAACAAAAAUCAAAGGAGAGAAAUCAGACAUCAAAAGAAAAAUCAAGAAAGUCACAUUGGAAGAUGAAUAUGCAAAGAAGAUUGACAACAAAAACAAGAACUUCAAGAAAGAAGAUGGAAUGAUACUAUAUCACAGAUUAAUAUAUGUAUCAAGAAAAAUCAGAAAUGAAGUGAUGGUACAAGAACAUGAUACAGUUACUUCAGCAUCAACAAAACAAUGGAGAAGAUCACAAGGACAUACUAUUGAUCAGAAAUGUGGACAGACAUUCAACAACAUGUCAAAGAAUGUGAGACAUGUGCAUGAAGCAAAAUCAACAAGCAACAACCACAUGGGAAGCUACAGCCAAUACCACAACUGUGAGGAUCAUGGAAAUCUAUAG